UUUUUUCUCGAAGUGAUCGACCGGAGGCGCUGAGAGCGGCGUCGUCGUGGACUUCCAGAAUACUUACUUAAUGUAAUCACGAAUAUUAAGAACCCAAUUUUUUUUAGUGACACUAUUGGCUUUGAAGACUUGGAGUGAGUAACUUGCAGUAAGUAGGAUGUGUCGGUGGUGGUCUUGGAACACGGAGGGAUCCUCUGGUGGCUCCUGCUGACGAUCAUGAUGCUCACCAACAACAACCGUGACAGCCAAGACACUACUCCGUCUACUUCUAGCAUCCCCCCCGCCCAGAACCAAGCAGCAGUCGAUCUGAGCUCUGGGCGGCCACUCGUCAUGGAGGUGAUCAAUUCACGCUUCGAACCACCAGCCCUCAACAGUGCGGGAAGAGUUGCCAGAGAUGGCGACGAGGGUAAUCCAAACAAGAGGAGGAAGCCGGAAGAGGACUCUGAUAAUAAAUUCGAAUGCCGCUUCUGUGACAUGAAGUUCCCCAAAUCCCAGGCUCUGGGUGGACACAUGAAUCGUCACCGGGUGGAGAGAGAACACGAGGAGAUACAGAAGGCAAGAAAUCUUCUAAUUGCACAGCAGCAUCAUUCUCCACCUUAUUAUGCGGCUGCACAAUAUUAUUCUCGAAUGGAUGGUGCAAGCACUUCUGUGGAUCCGACUAGAAAUUUUUCUUCAACUGCAGGCUCCUUCAUGACACCUCAGAUGCCAUACUACCAACCUCAAGCUCAAUCGAGUGUGCAAAACUGGCCUGGGAACCAACUUCUCCCACUGCAGCCAAAUUUAGAUUCUGCCCAUACAAAUCUACAAGGAACAAACUAUUUGAAUCCAACUGACAACACGAGACCAUACCAGAGUCUGCCAAUGCUGCAAAGAGAAAUCCCGAUGCACGGACUUCAACAUCCGCAACACGCGCCUCAACAAGCGCCUCGAAACUCUGUUCCUCUGAACUACUCCGAUGCGAGGACGCUACUGCACAGCUCGGACCCUGGGGGAGGGAUGCUGCAGUACCAUUUCGAAUCAGGGCAGCAGCUGCAGCAUCGAUUUCUCCAAAACCACUCGGGAGGAUCCACCUUGCAGGACGUUGUGAGCCCACCAAGCGCCAACAGCAAUCAGCAGCAGCAGCUGGGCCAGAGAACCCAUAGCCGGACCACGUUCAUGCAGCAUGCACGCGAGCGGUUAGAAGUGCAGGUGGAUCAGUCCGGCAACCUGCCCCAGUCGACGCACAACCCAUCGCAGCAGCAGCAGCGCCAUGGCCAUGAAGCCAAUUACGCCACUAACCCAUCUGCUGUUGCUGCUGCUGCUGUUGGGGAGCUUCCCUCCCUUCAAAUCCAACUUGAUUCCGCCCAUUUCCAGGUGCCGCGACCAUUCUCUCAUCACUCAUCCUUCGAUCACAAACCUGACGUUGUUGGUUCGAUGCUGUCUGGGCUUGGCAACGGGGAACCAGUCGGUGUCGGUGUCGGUAACAGCAGUAGCAGCAGCAGCAGCGUGUUCCACUUGGCUGGCCUGGAUGAUCACGACCCACAUGAGUUCCGAGCAUCAGCUGCGAUGGAUCCUUCCGACCGAGAUGCUCUACACACCCACCUGGAAGGAUCAGCGGAGACCUGAAAACCAUAUAUAUAUAUAUAUAUAUAUAUAUGUAUUUACUUAUUAUAAAAUAACUAACAAAAUUUUGUAGGUAUGCUUGCUUCUUUGAUAUUGGUUGAUAGAUAGGUAGACAUAUAAACCAAGUAUGAGCAAAACAUUGAGUCAAACUGAUCUUAAGCUGGAAUACUACUAGUACCCAAAUUUGCAACAAUAAUAGAAAGAUGUGUUGAUGAAAUAAAGUGUCAAAAAAGAUGUUGUGAAAUUUUA